UGAGAUUCAUUAUUCAAGAGAGAGGCUAGGUUUCGAUGGUAAAUGCUAGGAGUCUCUCAGUUUGAGGGCUCUAUCGACAUGGACUGCUUGUCCGAAGCAUUUAGGAGGGCGCAGAUGGCUAAUCGCAUCUUCCCCAUUGCGGUUGAUUUUUCAAGUGAUAUACCGAAAAAGGAAGUUUUGGACAACUACUUACCCUAUAUUCAAGCCCUGAUACGCUCCCGGAGGGAGGCUUGUUUGGAGGUCUCGUCGACAUUUUUUAUGCAUGAGGAGACUGAACCCGACAGCGUUUUAUCCUACGCCGGUGACGCUGUGGCAAUUGCAAUACCGCUUACAGAAUAUAUUUCAGCUCACCAACCUGAGGAAUAGGUGUGGAUUAUUAUUCACUCUCAUUUGUUUAAUUUGCAUGAGAGUUGUUGAUGGUUCGAUCGUAGUGUAAUUAAGAAUUUUCAACUAAGCAAAUUUUUCUCUCUGUUUUUCCCUCUGUACUUUUAUAUAUGUGUUUUA